GCUGCGCUGCCUCUACGUCGAUAACUUGCCCGAGUGCCAAAGGCCACUGAACUGAGCGUUUCUACUCGACCGUACAAGGUAUAGUAAGGGAAAGAGGAUGCUCUGUUCUUAGGGAUGGUUCUAGGGGUGGCAGCGGCUCCGGCCUUCUCUCUGCUGUGGCCGCCGCGGCACAGCGAGAAUGCGGUGCUGGGAAACAGGUUUUGUGGCUCAGGCAAGCUUGGGCAGCACAGAAAUCGUCUGGGUUCCAAGGUAGGCUGUAGUUCUGAAUCGUAUAGUCGACGACUAGAGGGAGUUCAUAGAUUCGAGGCUCGAGGAGAAGCCUAUGGUAGUGGCAGCGAAGAAUUUGAGUCUGGAGCUUGGGGUGAACUAGGUGGUGAAAGCAGGGCCUUUGACGACGAAGAAGCAAGAGAAUAUGGUGAUGGAAAAGAAGAGCUAGAGUCGGAGGAAGAAGGUAGUGAGGAAACCGAAAGGGGAUAUGGUGAAGACAACGACGACGAGGAAGAGGGAUUAGAAUCGGAUUAUAGUGAUGAGGAGGACCGAGCAGACGAGGAAGACUUAGAAUCGGAUUAUAGUGAUGAGGAUGGACAACAGAACGAGCACGAAGAAGAAGGUGGCAGCGAGGAAGAAGAGAACGAGGACGAAACGACUAGUUUGGCUGCAACCAGGGUAGACCGACCGUUUCCGCUGCCUCUGGUGACUGGCGGACGAGGCCCAUAUCCGGGACCGAGUAGAGUGGAUCCUAGGAGACGAAGAGGUGGUCUCGGGCAACCAGUUCACAGACUGUUCAUUCUCAAGCCUCCAAUGAGCGAGAGGCAGCUUGCUAGGAGAAUUCUAGCCAGUCCCCAGCUGAGGCUAAAUUCACUGCCUGUUCUGAGCUCGUUGCUGCCGGUGGCUCCUUUCACGGAAUUCGACAAGGAGUGGAUCCACGAGAAUAUGGUGGAGGUGAAGGACAUCCUUGGAUAUGGGAAGGUUGGCGAAGAUUACGACCGGGACGUGGAAGAUGACGAGAAGUUCUGGCAGCACAGCAGUCCGGAUCCAAAGGCACAUCUGCACACAUUUUUGUACCUUGCGUUCCAACACGAGGAGAGCUACAGGGCCAAGAGGAUGCGGCACACACGAGUCGGACACUACAGGCUUGCGUUCCUUGGAGAGUUCGUGUUGGAUCUGGCAAUGGCGGAGCUGCUACUGCAGAUGUAUCCCCGAGAUACGCCAGCAAGCUUGAGAGAACGAGCAUUUGCAGUGACGAACAAACGGGGCCUCGAGCGUAUUCUGUCCGAUGCCGGGCUUCACCAGCUUGCUUUCCCAGAAGACGAGAAUUUUCGUCCGAGGUUUCCGCAACGGUGCCUGCUGUCCAAGUCUGUGUUCCUUGCUCUCAUUGCAGCCGUUUAUUUGUCACUCGGUAUGUCCGAGGUGUACAAGCUGCUGUUCGAGACGUUCGCAUUUGAUUUGGACGCAAAGUCGGCACAGCCUAAAGUGAGAUCAAAACACGAGGAUGUGGAUCAUGUGUCAGCGGACUUCGAGGGCCGACGACUCACCUGGAAAGAUAUUGCAUUUUACAAGCCACCUGAGGAUGCGUUAUUUGCCGCUCCGAGGCUCUUCAGAGCUUGUGUACCACCUGGCAUGUACCGUUUCCGGAGAAACCUGUGGGACGUGGAGUCUCGUCCCAAAGUCAUGGACAUACUGGGCUACCCUUUGGAUGUAAGAGACGAGAACCUGGAUAUGACAGAAGCCAGAGAAAUCGAGCUGGGCUUGGGACUCCAGCUGUGCUUCAUGCAUCCCUCGGCUUACAAGAACGACCACCCCCGGUUUUGUUACGAGAGACUGGAGUUCAUAGGAUCAAAGAUCCAGGACGUUGUCAUGGCGGAGAGGCUACUGAUGAAACACCUGGACGCCCCGGCGAUCUUCCUCAACAGGAUCCACCGGGGAAUUACAAUCAACCGGAUCUGCGGGAGGCGACUGCGCAUGAAGAGGCUCCACAAGUUCAUCACCUACGGCGAGGAGCGGCAGCUUGAGUUUGCGAGGUGCCACCGUCUGAGGAACUUCACGCACUCAGCCACCCAACAAGCGCUACACGGCCUGGGCUACAUUGUUUACGGUAAGGCGGAGGUGAGGCGGCUCAUGUUUGACGUGUUUGAGUUCGAGAAGCCGCUGCCGACGCAAGCGGACUUCAAUGACAUGCUGGCGUCACAGGGUCGCCGGUUUGUCAACACCUUGCAACCCACUUAUUAAGUUAAAAUCACAUAACCAAUGUCAGAUUUUAUUUGAUGUGUAAAACAUUUUGAUAUUUGUGCU